AUGGUCGUUGUCAACGCUGUCGUGCUUGGACGUGUCCUAUCCGUGUCUCACACUCCAUUCGUGGCUUCGCCUUCCGUGGUUGCAAACCUACGCGGGCUCAAGGGUCCAAGUCGAGGUGAGACCCGUUCUCCUUCGGAACACGGGGCAUCACCAGGAGUGGAGGGAGAUGGGCUGGGCAGGGAGUGCUGCCUGAGGCAGAUGGCCGUGCCGCCGAGCCUCCUCGGCCACUCGUUCGGGGAGAUGUUCCAACACUUGGCCGCGCCGCCGCUGAGGUGUGUGGCGUUUGCGCUUCUUCGCGCUCGAGGCACGCGCAACGCGCCCGAGCCAUACGUUUACACCGGCCCGAGGGCCGACACGGUGCUGCACCCGGGAGACAGGGUGUUUAUCCUCGGACGACCGCCGGUGCUGUGAACGCCAUGGAUAGUACAAGAAAGGGGUUUGUGGUUGCCUACCUAGGACAUUGCUUGGU